AUGUCUUACACAAGCCUUGUUCUUCUCAGCUUAUAUCUUCUAGUCAAUGUUGCUAUAAAUGCACAACUAGUAAGUGAUAUACAAGAAGAUGAUUUGAAUAGCCAACAAGAAAUAUUACUUAACAGCGGAAAAUUUGAGGGUGAUAUUCUUCUAUCGGCAACACGUAAUGGACUUAAAAACCCAAUAUUUAGGUGGCCUAACAAAGUAGUACCUUACGUAUUGGAUAGCUCCUAUACUCCACAACAAGCCAGAUGGAUACAUCAAGUAGUCCAAGAAAUUGGUAAAAGAACUUGUGUUCAGGUCAUACCUAAACGAAGUUUCGAUAAGGAUUACAUCUAUGUCACUGGUCGCGACAAAAAUAAAUGUUAUUCCAAUGUUGGUCGACAAGGUGGAGUUCAAAUAAUAAAUCUGUGUCCUAUGGGAUGUCUAUCUUAUAAAAUCAUCAUUCACGAAUUUUUGCAUGCAAUCGGAUUUCAUCACGAACACAAUAAUAUAAAUCGCGAUAAAUAUAUACAAAUAUUAUGGAAUAACAUGGAGGCUGUAAAUUUCCACAAUUUUUACAAAUAUGAUUUUUUAACAAAUUUUGGAUUACCCUACGAUUACGGUAGUAUAAUGCACUACUAUGAAACAGCGUUCAGUAAAAACGGCCUACCAACGAUAGUACCAUAUGAUCCUAAAUGGAAAGGGCGCGUAGGAAUGUCACAGGCAAUGACACAAACUGAUAUAGCUAAGGUCAAUGCUAUGUAUGGUUGUAAAAUAUAA